CAACACUAUCUACUCCAAUUCUUGCCGUCCGCUUAAGGUUUCACAAAAGCUUUGAAUAGCGUUCUUUCUUCGUGUCCUCUUCAUUUGUCACUCACCACCGCACACCACCUAAAGAUUUGUGCAACUGUGUUACAGUGAUGUCUUAUGCUCGAAAAAAACCAUUUCUUUCUCUUAUUCAUGACUCCUAUGACUGAAAGAGAGGCAUCUAUGGCCCCGUCAUUUAACCCUAAAAUUCCCUAAAAACAUGGUUCACAAAAGACUGCAACAGAAUCGAUUUUGGGAUCCAUUUGGAAAGUCAUCUGAAGCAGCACUUGCUGGAGCAAAGUCGAAUGAACAAAUUAAUCAAAGAGUGACCAGUAGAGCUAAAGAAGGUAAAGAUCCAAAUUUUAUAAGUAAGAAAGAAGAAUCUUUGAAAAAGAAGUCAAAGAUUGGUGGUGAAGAAAAAAUAAAUAGUGACCAGGCAGCAGAACAUGAGAUUUUGAAGACUAGGAACGUGGGUGUCUACUAUUCCGCAUCUAUUACCUCAAUUGUGCAUUCAAUGGUGAAUUUAAGGAAUCAAUUAAAUAUUUACUGGAGAGGAUUUCUCAGGAGCGAACGUUUUGAAAUUAGGUACAUAUGGCGACUUUUAAAUGCUCAAGCUGUAUUUGAUUUUGAAAUACCCACUACCCCCACCUACGUUCCUCUACCAAACAAUGAAAUUCUAAAGAAAAUGGAAUCUUAUGGCCUCAUGAGGCAUAUCGACUUGAAGUUGCUUUUUGAUAUGAAAAAUGGUUGCCACUUGGUAAAAGAAAAACAUUCUUCAUGUUCUUCAUGGUGUCUGGGUGUCUACAUGGAAAGUGCGUUACGAUUAUGCUUCAUUAUGUGAUAAUAAUUUUUGUCCAAUCACAAAAAAGACCAUAUUACCCUUAACAAAUGUGGCUUUAUCACACCCAAAAAAAAAUUUGAAUUGACUAAACAAAAUCGAAGUCCACUCUUUCUGGUGAAGUCAACUCCGGGUCAAUUCUUCUUUUUGUCAAGACAUUCAAGAAAAUGUAAAGUGUAGGGAUGAUCGCAUAGUUGGGUAGUUUCAUGAGCUUAAUAUCAUAAUGGGGUAUCAGAAAAGGGUAAUUGGUGCUCGCAAUAGUCAGAUGGAUAUUUUGGUCCCUUAUUUGUAGAUAGCCCAGUCAAUUUAACUUUUUUUGCUUUUUUUAAUCCAUUUGGUACUCUGUUACAAAGCCUUUCAAUUAAUUGAAGACCAACAUUUAAAUUUGUUAAAAUAAUAGUGCCAUUAUCUUUUUUUGUCCAG